AUAAACUUCAAUAAAAAGGGUCAAAACACGACACGAGGCGCCGCUCAACUCUACCGGCUUCGCUUGCCCCCUGCAAAGAGCUUGCCGGAGCCCUUCUUCCCCGCUGGAAAAUCAGCCGGCCGACCGUCCGCCACAAGCGAGCAGCCAGCAUGCCAGACAGCAGCGGCGCCACCGUGCUGGACGACCUCCCCGAGUGUCUCAUCGCCGACGAGAUCCUGGUCCGGCUGCCGCCCAAGGACGUGCUCCGCUGCCGCGCCGUCCAACAGUCGUGGCGCGCCGUCACUUCCACCGACAAGUUCAUCCUCGACAACCACCGUCGCCAGCCGUCGCUCCCCAUCAUCCAGCGACACAAAGCGGGACUCUCCCGUUUCGCCGCCGCCGGGGAUCACAAGAUCUGGCCCGUCAUCCGGUACACCUGCCAUACUGUUUCCGAUAUCUCCGUCAUACACCACGCCGCCUGCGAUGGCCUCCUCAUCCUGUCGCGGGGGUCCAGCUUCUACAUCUGCAACCCGGCCACCCGCAAGUGCGCUUCCUUGUCACAUCCUCCACUGCGGCCAGGAUUCAGCGCCGCCACCGUCGUCGCCUUCUACCGGCACCAAUUGUCCGAAGAGCAUCGCGUGCUCUGGGCGUUAUACUCGGCACCCAUGGCGAGGGGCGCCACGGUCAAGCCGCCUGCUUACUUCGUCCUCCCGGUGGGAUCUGACCAGCCGAGAUGUGUGCAAUGGCCGAUAGAUCUAAGGAAUUUUCCCGCUACCUGGUCCUCGGAUUGCCCACCAGUACACCAUCGUGGUGGCCUGCACUGGGCACUGGGCCUCGGCAUAACGGUGUUCGACACCGUGACCGAGACAUUCCGGCAGAUGAGCCACCCGGCACAGUUGCCGGGUGACAUGGUGUUAUUGUUCGAUCUUGGUGGUGACCUUGCUUUGCGCCGCACGUCCGCUGAAUACGUCACUCUGGACCUUUGGGUGCUGCAGGACUAUGAUGCCGAGACGUGGGCAUUUCGAUACCGGAUUGACUUGCGGGUGAUGGAGGCAUCACCGCCGCUUAAUUUGAGUGUGAAGCAUGACCCUAUGAUGGCUGCGAUCAAUGGCCGUGAGCUGUUGAUCCAGCAUGGUCCUUACCGUCUAUUGCAUUGUGGCAUUGAUGGUGUGUUUUUAGGAAAUGUGGAAAGCAAUGACCAUGAAAACAGUUUGAGUCAGUUUGCAAAACGUUUGACACUCACUAGGCAUCGCCUCCAGGAGAGCAUGAUUUCACUUCCAUUGUUUGAGAAACGACAAGAAGAUGCUGUGAACGAGGAGCCUCCGUUCACCAUACUUCUAUAAGAUGCCGUGCUCUAUCUAUAAUACUUUGGACUCCUUGCUUGCUGUGCCGCUGGAGUGUCUUAUCCCAUAUAUGGGCCAUGUCUUUUGCUACUUGUUCUUACUAUGUCGUAGUACAACUGAACUAUUAGGACUGAGGAAGUGGCGCUUGUGCUAUCAAUAUUUGGUACUUGUUAUGCUAUCUUCAAUAUAAUGUAUAUAUGUUAUGAACUGUUCUACACUUCUACUAUUCCCUCCCCUGUUUACUUUCAGUUCUCCUUCUCCAUUGUCGAAAAGCACAAAAUUCUGGAAGCUAUCAGUGGUUUGGUGCUCAGCGUAAUUUUGUGUUUGAUUGUUUACGACAGAGACAAGUAAUUUGGUCACUACCACCGUCAUGUGUCUGAUUGCUACUUCACUACAGCUAUUGUUGAAAAAGUUAGCAAGAACUUUGUUGCACUGGCUUUCACCAUUUUGGAUAAAAGAGCUUGGCUGCUAUUUUUAUGUCCAGGAUUUGGUAUUUUUUGUAGAAAUAGGUUACAAGAUGUGCUAUCUUAACCAUCAUGCUGUGGUCUGUUGGAAGGCUGGUGAUUAUCUAUUUAUGCUGCCAUUGGCUAGUCUUGUUUUACUGUAAUAUGGCUGUCUUGUUUCCCUUUUAUUGUCUGUGGGUUUAUCGAUUUACUUCUGGCGUGGCUCCGGUGUUAAGCUGUUCUUUGUCAGUUUUACUCAAAAUGAGGAGCUGCACAUGUCCUCUCGUUGCACAUCUAACCCAAAUGAGCAAUGUCUUUUGUUCUUUCUUCUUCCUAUUUCGUAGUAAAACCGAACAAUUUCGAUGGCGGAAGUAGCGCUUAUGCUUGUUAUGCUAUCUUGAACACCAUGUUCAUGUUAUGAAGAAUGGAGCUUCUGUGAGUCAAAACUGUUCUACUGUUCUCCCCCGUUUACUUUCAGUUUUGCAUUGCUGAAAAGCACGAAAGCCAUGGUUUCAGUUUUGAAUGCUAAUUCUGCAUCAUUUGGGAAGCUAGCUGUGAUUCGGUGCUUUGCAACGUCUAGUGUCUGAUUGGUACUACAGCGACAACUGACAAGUUAUUUGAUUACUGCCAACGUCUUGGGUGUCAGAUUACCACUUCAAUACAGCUAUUGUUGAAAAAAGUUGGCAAGUACUUUGUUUCAUACUCUCAUUGGUUCUCGCCAUUUCUGAGAAAAGAGCUUGGCUGUGUGUCCAGGAUUUGAUUCUCUUUUUUGCUUGGAAUAGGUUUCAAGGUGUGCUAUCUUUAUCAUAUGUGCUCAGCAUAUUUGUUUCAGGCUGGUGAGGUCUGUUUACGCUGCUGUUAGCUAGUGCCAAUUUACUGUAUGGCUGUAGGGCUGGUGCUUGGUGCAUGUAUGUCUCUUUUCCUUCGAUACAUAGUUUUAUUGUUGGAUUUAGUGGUUUACUCGCUUCUGAUCUACCAGGGCAUUUUCGCUUGUUGAGCUAUGCUGAGUUUGGGUUGCAGCCAAAAUAUACGAUAACGUUUUGUUGGCAAUGACCAAAAAUUGGGUCACUGUUUGGAUGGUUGCGUAUAUUUUUG